CUAAUCAAGGUACUUCCUUCUUCCUUCCUCUUUUAAUCUUUCUUCUACUUUGAAUUUAAAGCAGAGAAAGAAGAUUAAAAAUGGAGUCAACAAUUUAACAGAGGAAACAUCUAGUCAAAAGUCAAACCUUUUGUCCUUCCCUUUCCCUCUCUCGUCAUCUACUUCUGACCAAAUACUACCCUACCUACCCCCCCUUAUACCCCCCCUACCCCCAUAUGUCUACUUCUUAAUUUCCCAUUUUUUUCCACUUUUUUUCAGCUCAAAAAAAGAAGAAGAAGAAAAGGGUAGUAUGGAAGAAGAAUUUGAUAUGAAGAGAAUUGAAGUAAAAGCAAUGGAAGCUUUGGGUUGUGGAUUUGAUUUUGCAAGUGAUUUCAGGCUAAAGUUUGUAAAAAGAUGUAGAAAUGGUGGGGGUAGAUUGGUAAUUUUGGAUGAGAAGAAUAGAAGAAAUAUUGUUGUACCUAGUGGUGUCACUAUUCCAGAUGUCUCUGAAAAUAUUAAGUGUGACAAAGGUGACCAUAUUCGUUUCAAGUCUGAUGUUCUUGAAUUUAAUCAGAUGUCAGCAUUGCUUAAUCAAAAAUCAUCGGUACAAGGAAAGGUUCCAUCGGGCUAUCUAAAUGCCAUUUUUGAUUUAAGCGGAGCUUGGUUGAAUGAUUCAGCGGAUGCUAAAUACCUGGCUUUUGAUGGUUAUUUUGUCUCCUUGUACUAUUUACACCUGACAGCAUCGCCAUUAGUACUCCAAGACCAAGUAAAGAAAGCUGUUCCACCGCUUUGGGAUCCAGCAUCUUUAUCCAGAUUUAUCCAGACUUAUGGGACACACAUAAUUGUGGGUAUGGGUGUUGGAGGCCAGGACCUACUUUGCGUUAAGCAAAAAUCAUCUUCAGCAGUUCCUUCUGCUGAACUAAAAGCACAUUUGGAUGAUCUUGGAGAUUGUCUUUUUUCUGAUGAAACGAGUCCUCUGCCUGAGAGGAUUUCAAAAGAGGGCAAAAAGAAGGUCCCCGAGGUAUUCAGUCGCAUGUUGCAGUCACAUACCAUGCAAUUUACUAGCAUAACAGAGACAUCAAGCAAAGAUGGUCUCACUAUAAUUUGGUCAAAAAGAGGUGGUGAUGUGUUCGCACAAAGCCACUCGAAGUGGCUUCAGACCGUAGCUGCUUACCCCGAUGGCAUACUCUUCAGACUUGUACCCAUUACUUCGCUCCAAACAGGAAUCCCAGGAAGCGGUUAUCUUAGCCAUGCGAUAAAUUUAUAUCUACGCUAUAAGCCUGCUUUAGAGGAUUUACAGUGUUUCCUUGAGUUUCAAGUUCCUAGCCAAUGGGCACCGUUGUUUUGCGAGCUGCCUCUUAGUCAUCAAAGAAGAGUGGCAUCUUGCCCUGCGUUGCAGUUCAGUUUAUUCGGCCCAAAGCUUUGUGUGAGCCCCACCCAGGUUACAAGUGGUCAAAAGCCCGUCAUUGGUUUGCGUUUGUAUUUAGAAGGGAAGAAAUGCAACCAGCUAGCUAUACAUGUACAACAUCUUUCUAGUUUACCAAACAUUAUGGCAUCCAAGUGUGCUAAUAACCCAACUUUACGCAAGCCAUGUCAGUGGCGAGGGUCCGAUGAUUAUGAAUCUAGCGACCAAUUUUUAGAACCCAUCAGAUGGCAGAGAUAUUCCAAUGUGUGCUCAUCUGUAGUUAAGCAUGAUCCGAGCUGGAUGCAGGGCGACGAGACAAGUGGCGUAUUUGUGGUAACUGGGGCCCACCUUAUCAGCAAAGGGAAGUGGCCUAAGACGGUGCUUCACCUGCGUUUACUUUUCACCCAUCUUCCCAACUGCACAAUACGAAAGACAGAGUGGGCAGCUACACCAGAGGGUACUCAUAGGUCAAGUUUCUUGACAAAUAUCAGCACAGCUUUUACGUUCACUCAACGAACAAAGGCAGAUGCUGCACCAAAGCAGCUUCCUGCUGCUCUUAACUCGGGUGUAUAUCCAGAUGGACCCCCAGUACCAGUUCGAUCAACAAAGCUGCUCAAGUAUGUAGAUACGGCUGAGAUUGCACGAGGGCCAUAUGACACUCCUGGACAUUGGUUGGUAACUGCUGCUAAGCUUGUUACAGAAGGCGGGAAGAUAGGUUUGCAUGUCAAGUUUGCAUUAUUAGAUUUCUUAAAUGAAUCAUAGUUUCAUUUGUGUACAUAUUCUGGGGUAGCCUUGUCCCAUUUUUUUUAAGCUUUCGAUAUCUUGAUGAUAUAGCAUAUUGUUUAUCCAAGAAAUGGCGAACAGGGGAGGGAAAUAUUAUACUAUUGUACAAAAGAAAAUAGUGGAAGGAAUGGAGUAUUCUUUGUUCUUUUA